CUUUCUCUACGACACUUUUCUGUGUCCGAUAGGAUAAUUUGUAGACAAACUGUUAUUUAUUUUUUUAUUAUUUCCUAACGACUAUUUACAAUAUUAUCAAUAAAUCAUCACUGAAGAUCAUCUAUAGAAGACAGUGCUUAAAUAUCUGAUAAAAUAUAAAUCCAUAUAAAUAUAAAUAAGUAACCAGUGAAAUAUCAUUGAUUAUUAUAAAAAAUACGUGUUGUCAUGUGGAAUUAGCAAGCAACAAAAAGUACAAUCAGAAUUAUUACAAAUAAUUUGUUAAUAUUAAUCGGGGUAUCAAGCAAUUUGAUCAUUUUAUCAUUAUCAUAAAUAAAUAUAUAUACAUGUCUAUAUAUAUGAAAGUAUAUGUUCAAGAAAAAAACAUAAAUGUCAAUAUGCAGAGAAUAAUUUAUCUGAGAUCAUAUAAUCCGUUUUGAUCAAUACAUCCUUUCUACUAAUUUUUUUUUACUUUACUUAAUUAUUAUUAUUAUUAUUAUUAUUAUUACUUUUUAUUGAUUAUAAAUUAAAAUUAAUUAGUUAACUUGUAGCAAUAAUUUAGCAGCUGUAGAUAAACAUUUUUUUUGCAAUAUUAAUUAAUUUUUCAUAAAUAAUAUAUAUUUAUUUUUUUCAAUUAAUAAUGAGUAAAGAUAAAAAGGUAGGUGAUGAUAAAACAAGUGGAGAGGAUGUAAAUGGUUUACGGUGUUGUAGAGAUCUUAGUGAUAUUGUUCCAUUAUAUUCAGCCAAAGGAUUAUAUUUAAAACCAAUUGCUAAAAUAAAUAUAUCUGUUAAUCUUCCCCAGUUAAAAACACCAGGAAAAACAUUGUCAACAUGGGAAGUUUUGGAGAAAUUACGUCUCCUGAUUCGUCCGGACGAGUUUUCAUCACUGAAAGUCACCAAGAGUACCCUGGAAUUUUUACGUCUGGAAGCAGAUUUAACGGACAAAUGUCGUAUGGCUCAGGUACUAGGACGUCUCGAGGGUCAACGGCUAAAUCUAGCUGGAUUCGCAAGUAUCCUGAAGGUACGCGCUGCCGAGGCAAAGGAUGAUUUUCCAUCAAAACACACUUGGGAUUCAUUUUUCCGCGAUGCCAAGCAUAUGAACGAGCUGAAACCCGGUGAGCGUCCGGAUACUGUUUAUAUUUCUGGUCUUCCGGUCAAGUGGUUCAGUGAAGACGGCGGUAAAACACCAAGUGAACCCAUGUGCAUGAAAAUAUUCAAAAGAUGGGGUACUAUCAGACGCAUCGAUGUCCCUGCUGCUGAUCCUUACAGAUCACGAAUGAGACUGGAUAAUAAUAUAAAUAAGAAGAGUAUUCUAAAUGAUGGAAUAUUUUUUGACGUUUACAUUCAAUAUAUCGAGUAUGUUGAUUUUGUUAAACUUAUGGAUUCAUUGCGCGGUAUGAAAGUUUUGAAAAAGGAAGAUAAUAAUUAUCUGACUGCGUUGAUAAAGGUUGAUUUCGAUAAAAGUAAACAUAUGAGUGACAAUUCAAUAUCGAGACGUGAGUUUGAACGCAAAAGACUCAUUGCUCAGGAUCAUUUGGCUAUGGAAAAAUUGCGUAAACGUGAAGAGGCUGAAGCUAAGAAAAAAGAAGAGGAACUAAAAAAAGAAGCUGCUGAUAAAGAUGCCAAGUAUAUGAGACGUAAGAAACGCGAAGAAAAACGAAAAAGAAAGGCAUUAACGAUAUUUAGAAAACAAGAAGAGGACAAGGUCUCGAUGAAAAUAGCACGUGAGGAACAAAAGUUGAUUAAAGCACAACGACAAUUAGAAAGUAUUAGAUUAUUGGACGAACUAUUUGAUCGAAUAAAGAUAAAACUCGAAAAAGGCGAAAUUACGAUUGGUGAUAAAAAUAAUUCAAAUGAAAAAACUAAAAAUGAUAAUAAUGUUACUGACAAAAAUGUGGAUGGUAAUGAAAAAAUUGAUAAGAAGGAUAAAAAAUCUAAAAAGAAAAAAUCCAAGAAAGAAAAAAAGAAAAAGAAAAAAGAUAAAAAAAAUGUGACAAGUUCGAGCGACGAUUCAGACGAAGAAACUUUUAAAAAGAAACUUAAAAGUACAUUGGCUAUCAAUAAAUCAGGGCCUUCAUUUCCAGGAGCUUCCUCGACAGAUCAAAAUAUGGGAUUUCAAUCAAUGUAUACACAAUUUCCUCAGCCUUGGUUCUAUGAUGCCGCGGCGAUGAUGUUUCCUGGUAGAAUGCGCGGCCGGGGUGGCGAUGGAAGCCAUUCAAUGAAUCGUUACUUUCGUGGUCGUGGACGUGGUGGCUAUUCUGGACGACGAGGUGGCCGUGGGAAUCCUCGAUCAAUGCAUUUAUUCAAUCCACAUUCAUACAAUGAUCAAUACUACAAAUAUUUCGCUAAUUUAGCUGGCAUUGAUUAUUAUGACAGUGAUCACUCGAGAUCUAGAUCUAAAUCACGGUCGAGAUCGCGAAGUCGCGAGAGGUCAAGAUCGCGUACAACAAAACGGAGACGCAGGAGUAGAAGUAGAAGUCGCAGUGAAAGUCCACGAUCAAGAAAUAGGUCUAGAUCAAGAUCAAGAUCCAGAUCCAGGUCUAGAAGUAGGUCUAGAACCAGAUCCAGGUCACGAUCGAGGUCAAGAAGACGGGAUGACUCACGUGCAAAAUCGAGAUCCAGAUCAAGAUCUAGACGCUCGCUUUCAAAAUCCAAUAGAAGAUCUAGAUCACGUUCAAUAAGUAAAUUUAAAUCAUCACGUCAAAAUAAUAAACGUAAACACAGUAAAGUUAAGGUGACACGUGCCAAGUCACGAUCAUUGACACCCAAAAGACAAUCUAGAAGUAAAUCAUGGUCAUUACCAAAAUCUCCGAGACAAAGAAGCUGUUCGUGGUCUAAAAAGGUCGAUGAUAUCGAAAAAAAUAUGAGUAAUAAGAAUAAUACAUAAUAUAUCGACCAUCAACAAUUUUCCCUCGACUGUAAAUCUUGAUAAUUUUUUUUAAUGCAACUCCUUUCAUUUCUUCUGUUCAUUACAUUUUAUUUGUUGUCAUUUUUAUUAUUGUCAAUAAAGUUAAUUACCAUAAGAUA